GCUUAUUCGACGGUUGCACAAUGCAUUGCCAUAAUAUGUGUAUCAUCUCCACAUUAUUGUAACAACACCGUCGUUGAAUUAUCCAAGAUGAUAGGGGAACCUAAAUAUUCUGAGUCUAUUAAAUACGUCUCACUUUUAACCUUGGGAGAAAUUGGACGUAAAUUCGAUUUAAGCUCUCACUCGAGACUUCACGUAACCAUACUGUCUCUAUUCUCGGCGCAUUCCGAGGACAUUAAGUCCGCAGCGGCCUUUGCACUUGGUAACGUUAGUGCGGGAAAUGUUAGCAAAUAUUUACCGAUUGUCAUUAAAGAAAUCACGACGGAUCCCAAAAAACGAUAUUUGUUACUGCAUUCUCUCAAAGAGAUUAUUUCACGUUAUUCAAACGAAGACGGAGUCAAGGCGUUAGGACCGUUUGCAGAUGAUAUUUGGAACAUACUCUUUGACAGUGGAGAGAAUAUUGAAGAAGGGACUAGAGGAGUUGUUGCAGAAUGUCUUGGCAAACUGACAUUGGCGAAUCCAAACAAGUUUUUACCAGAGCUGCAGAAACGUCUUCGGUCUGGAUCUGCCCAAACUCGUGGAACAGUAGUUACGGCUAUCAAGUUUACUUUUAUAAACCAAGGUCAAGAAUACGAUGAACUGUUACGUCCCUUAAUCGUCGAUUUCCUUUCUUUGAUUCAGGACUCUGAUCUGAAUGUCCGCAGACUUUCAUUAUCCACAUUGAACUCAGCUGCCCAUAAUAAGCCAUAUUUGAUUCGUGAUGUAUUGGGGCAGUUGUUGCCACUGUUGUACUCAGAAACAGAAGUCAAGGAUAAUCUUAUUCAUAUGGUAGAAAUGGGUCCGUUUAAACAUAAGGUGGAUGAUGGUCUUGACAUUAGAAAGUCCGCAUACGAAUGUAUGUACACACUACUUGAAACUUGCCUCGAUAAACUUGAAAUCUACAGCUUCUUGUCUCGAGUAAUUGACGGUCUAGCCGAUCAACAUGACAUUGCCAUUCUCUCACACACGAUGUUGAUACGUCUGGCUCAAGUCGCUCCGACGGCUGUUACACAAAGAUUGGAUGAAACAGUGGAACCGCUCAAAGGUACUUUAACGUACAGAAUGAAAGACAACGCCGUUAAAUCGGAAAUCGAUAAAAAUAAUGAGUUAUGUCGAUCCGCGGUUAGGACCGUGGUUGCUUUGAAUAGAUUGGCCGAACAAGGUGGAAGUACGCCCAAGUUUGACGCUUUCAUCAGAGACACAAAAGUCGGACAGUGGGGUGACCAAUUCAAUACCUAUCAAUCCGAGAUGGAGAGUAAGGAGUCCGGUUCAGGACAUGUUGGUGACAGCAUGGAUACUUCAUAA